AUGUCCAAAGAUUAUGCGAGAUCCGCGAGUAAUCUACCACUGUUUUCGACCACUGGGCUGUUCCAUUCGCUGUACUUGACAUUAAAUACGCCACACGCGAUCACCGGAUCGUAUUUAUUUGUACAGUUAUACUCGCUAUUCAGGAUAAGAUUGCCAACUCGCCCAGCUAAAACUGGUUGGAGCUACGCAACCACUUCCAUUUACACGGCGGCGGACGUUGAAAACGAGGAGUAA